AUUGACGACACAUACGGCGAUAUCGAGACACGCGCAUUGCCCGUUUAUAGUAGCAAUGGGUGGUCAGUGGGACAGAACUGUCCUGGAUGUUCAGCUCAGCCGAAUGCGUCUCAAGCAUUCAAAGGAUCAUGGCACGAUGCGACACAUCAUCCAGAAGACCCGGAUCCUGAGAGGACAGUGAACCUUACAUUCAAAGGAGUCGCGGUGUAUGUUUACUUCAUACUCGCCAAUAGUAUCGGGUCCGAAGUCACUUCGAAUACCUCCCUCUCCUUCAUACUUGACGGCGAGCCUGUCGGGCAGUUCAAUCACACUGCGACCUCCAGUCCGGACUAUCAAUAUAAUGUCACCGUCUACUCUAAUUCAUCCAUCCCAGUCCUCCCGGAGUCACCGAACGGCCAGCAUACGCUCUCUAUCACGUCGGCUGGGAAUACGCCUGAUUCACUAUUAUUGUUUGAUUAUGCGAUCUAC